GGUGAGCAACACAGAGCAGAAAAUCCGAAGGAAUCCACUUUUUACAUCCCCUGAAGAUGCUGCGUCUGGGGGCGGUGCUGCGAGUGGCACCCACCAGUGCCAGUGCGCCACAAGCGUUGCCGCCUCCACCGCUGAAGGUCGUUGUACUGACGAUGAUUCCCAACGGUGGCGCCGUGGCAGCCGCAUUGCGCAUCUUGGGCUACAGCCCCUACACCUUUGAAGAUUCGCUGCGCAAAGGCCACUUGCUCACUCACCCGCAGGAGUGGAUGUCCGUGCUGCGGCACGAAAAGCCCUUCAGCUUUGACAUUUUAAAAAUACCCCACGUACCCGAAAAGACCCACGGGGAAAAGAAGAGGCAGCAGCACCCCACGGGUGCCUCUCCGUCGCCGCAACGCUACUACGACGCGCUCGUGGGCCCACCGGCGACGAUCGCGUUUGAGGCGAUCUUGAAGGAGUGUCCGCGCAGCACCCGCGUUGUUUUGGUGGAGGAGGUCGACAAGCUCGCCUGGGAGAAGGAUAUGGAUCAGUGGCUGCGGCCCCUCGCCGCGCGCUGCGAGCAGAGCACGCGGUGGUGGCAGGACUCUUGCCUGCACACGAUGCUGCUGGACAUGGUUGACCUGCGCCGCGCCCUCAUCGCUCCGGCAGACCUGCGAAAGGGACGUCGCAUGCGGCCGUUGCCGACUUCCUCCGCGGCGAUGACGGCGCAAAACGUGCCGCUGGCACAGCAACAGGCCACGCUGCGGCUGGCGGGCGCGUUGGACCUAUUUGAGCAGCACGUGAAGGAGUUGGUGCCGUCUGAGCGCUUGCUGGUGUUCCGCGUAGAGGACGGCUGGCAGCCUCUGUGCGAUUUUCUGCAGCGACCGGUGCCCACCUCGGUUUCGUCCUCUUCUCCUCCCUCUGCAGCGUCCGAUGCGGUGACCGCGCCGAGGGAACCCAUUCCUUUUCCUGUCAACUCCAACGGCAGUGAUGUGCUCUCGUUUGUUGAUCAGGGGGUGCAGAAAGCCAACGCGAUAGUGCUGUUGAUCAUGCUGUCCGCUGCCGCCUUGGGGCUGCUGCUGCUCGGCUCCUUCCGCGACGAGUUGCGCGACUUCUACAGGGACUACCGCGACUACGUCUACCGCGACUUUGAGCCGUAUUUGGAGGAGGAGAGGCGAAUCUGGGAAGCAGGGGAGGAGCCGAAGAUGACGACGCACAAGGCGCUGUUCAUCGCAAAGAAAUCGUCGCAACGCUUUGGCGAGGUAUACGAGAAGGAAGGCGGCGCCGCUCGGUCGAUGUCGGGGGUGCUGCGCCGUUUCGCGGGCAUAGCGGCAGAAGAGCCGACAGAGCAUGGUGAAAAGAUGUGGUGA